UCACGGCCACUUCCGCCGUGCAGGGCGCUCCAAGAUGGCGGCGCUGGCGUUGAGAUGUGCCGGGCGGCGCUGGCUGCUGGCUCGGCUCGGCCCCAGCUUCUCCGUGCCACACGUUGUCCCGAUGGCAACGACGGCCAAGGAGGAGAUGGCCCGCUUCUGGGAGAAGAACACCCAGUCCAACCGUCCCCUGUCCCCUCACGUCAGCAUUUACAAGUGGUCCCUGCCCAUGGCGAUGUCCAUCAUGCACCGCGGCACUGGCGUUGCGCUCAGCUUGGGGGUGUCCCUGUUCGGGCUGGCUGCGCUGGUGCUGCCCCAGCACUUCCCGCACUACCUGGCCAUGGUGAAGUCGCUCAGCCUGGGCCCUGCUCUCAUCUACUCGGCUAAAUUUGCCCUGGCUUUUCCCUUCUCCUACCACACCUGGAACGGGAUCCGGCACCUUGCCUGGGACAUGGGGAAAGGCUUCAAGAUCCCCCAGGUCAACCAGUCCGGGGUGCUGGUGCUGAUCCUGACCCUGCUGUCCUCCGCGGGCCUCGCUUCCAUGUGAAGGACCCUCCUCUGCCUUUGGAAUUGUUGCUCCAUCCUGAACCACCUCAGGAGCUGCAGGAGAGGGGGGGGGGGGAACAGGCUCCGAGUGGAUGUUAUCCCUGGGGAACGUGGCGCUUCGCUGCUCCCAACCUUGUGGAUGAUCAGAGCUGCUUUUUGCCCCUCCCGGGCUGUUUCUGUGCCCUGCUGUGUCCUGAGCUGCAGACAAAGCCGGGUCUGUGUCCCGCGCGAGUGGGCUCAGGACAAGCAUCUCCAUUGAGCAGCCCGGGAGAGCCGGAGCUGCCAACGCCGGCCCCGCCGCGGGCCCCACAGAGUGUCCAUCUCAACGCCUUAUCCUGCAGAACAUCCCAAUCCAACCAGCUUUGGGUGGAAAACACCCCAUUUCCCUCCGUUUGGAGUGCAGGAUGUCGUUUUCCUGUGGCACCAGCUCCCAUUUGGGCUCUUUGCCGUGUGUCGCCUUUGCAAUAAAGCAGCUUUGAUCCUUCACCCUGA